CUUAAAAUCAGUGUAGUUCGUUGCCUCGUCGUGAGCGGUUGUCUGCCUCAAACUGAAAGCCAGAUCCAAUCCCGACUUGAGUUCCCGAGUUGAAAUCUGAAAACAACGUAACAUCAACCUCUCUAACAACAACUUGAAGCGUGCAGCCAAAGCGAACCUCUGGAUUAUCGCGCACGUUUUUCAAACAAACCAUCAACACACACAUUAGACAUCAAACAUCCAACCAACAAAACAUCAAUUUUAUUUUUGCCAAAAACACACACAAUUGUUGAAAAUUGGCUAAAUGUGACAAAACAUAAAAUUCUUAAAAAUACAAAGAAUUCGAAAAAGUGAAACAGUGAACCAAAAACACACAAAACUCAAAACGAAAAUCACACAAAUUUUAAGUUCAGUUCUUCAUCGCGAAUCGAUCUGUAGAAAAGUUAAAAUUGCUGCCAAACAGUCUCCAAAGACAAACAAAUAGCACUAUGGAAUACUGAGAACACCCGAAGCCCCAAAGAACUUGCAGCAAAAUCGAGCAGCAACAGCGCCAACAAAAGCAAAAAACGCAACCAAAUCAGAAAAAAGAUCCCAAGAUGCAAGGGCACAAGAUGAUUGCUCUGGUGGCCAUCUGGUGUAUGGUGGUCGGUCUGGGAGUGGAGCCCGCGGCGGGCUUGGCCAACUGCCCGCCGGGAUGCCAGUGCGACGACAACACCCUGGUGGUCCAGUGCGGCGAGGGGCAGCUGGACGUGCUUCCCAUUGCCCUGAAUCCGUCCAUCCAGCGACUGGUGAUCAAAAGCAACAAGAUCAAGACCAUCGACUCGUCGAUCCAGUUCUACGCGGAGCUGACCUUCCUCGAUCUCUCCUCCAAUCACCUGAUGACCAUUCCUCAGCGCACCUUCGCCUACCAGAAGAAGCUGCAGGAAGUCCAUCUGAACCACAACAAGAUCGGUCAGAUCAGCAACAAGACUUUCAUCGGCCUUUCGGCUGUCACGGUGUUGAAUCUGCGCGGCAACCAGAUCUCGGAGCUGCAUCAGGGCACCUUCUCGCCUCUGCUGAAGAUCGAGGAGCUGAACCUGGGCGAGAACCGCAUCGGUUAUCUGGACCCCAAGGCCUUCGACGGGUUGACGCAGUUGCGCAUCCUCUACCUGGACGACAACGCCCUGACCUCUGUGCCGGAUCCCGUCAUCUUCCAGGCCAUGCCCAGUCUGGCUGAACUCUUCCUGGGCAUGAACACCCUGCAGACCAUCCAAUCGGGCGCCUUCCAGGACUUGAAGGGUCUCACCCGAUUGGAGCUCAAGGGCGCCAGCCUUCGCAACAUCUCCCACGACAGCUUCCUGGGCCUGGAGGAGCUCCGCAUUCUGGAUCUCUCCGACAAUCGACUGCCCCGCAUUCCCUCCGUGGGCCUCAGCCAGCUGGUCCGCCUGGAGGAGCUCUCCCUGGGCCAGAAUGACUUCGAGGUGAUCAGUGAGGGCGCCUUCGUGGGCCUGAAGCAGCUGAAGCGUCUGGAGGUGAACGGAGCCCUGAAACUGAAGCGCGUGAUGACCGGAGCCUUUGGCUCGAACGGCAACCUGGAGUACCUGGACCUCUCCUCCAACAAAAUGCUCGUGGAAGUCCAGGAGGGUGCCCUGAGUGGUCUGUCCCAUCUGCGUCAUGUGAUCCUCAAGGCCAAUGCUCUGACUUCGCUGGCCGAAGGUCUGUUCCCCUGGAAGGAUCUGCUUACCCUGGACCUGACUGAGAACCCCCUCUCCUGCGACUGCCGGGUGAUGUGGCUGCGCAACCUCCUGGAGGCCAAGAACUCCAGCCAGGAAGAUGUUCCCGAGCUGCGUUGCGAGUUCCCCGAGCGUCUGCGUGGCGAGUCCCUGAAGCACCUCAACCCCACCCUGAUGGGCUGCUCCCACACCGAUCCCCGUAAGCAGGCCCUGAUCGGAGCUCUGUUGGUGGGUUCGGCUGCCACUAUUACCGCUAUGGCCUUGGUCCUGUACCGCUGCCGGCACAAGAUCCGUGAGACCCUCAAGGGCGGUCUGUGGGGCAACUCGGCGCUGGGACGCAAGGAGCGCGAAUAUCAGAAGACCUUCUGCGAUGAGGACUACAUGUCGCGUCACCAGCACCAUCCCUGCUCUCUGGGUAUUCACUCCACCUUCCCCAACACCUACACGGCGCCUCACCACCCUGCUGCCGCUCACCACUACGGUAUGUGCCCCAUGCCUGUGAACGACUUGGGCGCCAUGGAUCCCCAGCAGAAGUUCCAGCAGCUGGCUGUGCCCACCGCCACCCUGGUCAGUGAGAAGAAGCUGAACAACAAUAAGACUCUGGUCUCCCAAGGAGCCAUCGACGACAGCGCCUCCUUCGUCCUGCACAUGAAGUCGGCGACCAUGGGACGCGGCGAGGGCCACCAGCAGCCCAACAGCCAGCAGCAACUGAAUCACUACACCAAACCGCAGUUCCUCUCGGCCACGGCGGCAGUGGGCGACUCCUGCUACUCGUAUGCUGAUGUGCCCAUGGUGCACGGUGGCGCCAACCAGCCCACCCUGCGCCUCACCCAGGAGCACUUCAAGCAGCGCGAGCUGUACGAGCCGGAGGUCGGAAACGGCGAGAUCCUCGAUGCCAACUACAUCUACAGCAACACCCACUACUCGGUGCCGCUGGAGCAGCUGGGUCGCAGCAAGACGCCCACUCCGCCGCCACUGCCCCCAGCUCUGCCUCUCCGCAACGGCCUGUGCGCCACCACCGGUAGAAGGUCUUUCCAGCAGAAGUCCUCCCAGCAUCACCAGCAGCAGCAGAACAACAACACCCUGCGCCAGUUCACGCACUGAUCUUCGACCUACCGUCGCAGGCAGCUGAGCAUCUUUGCUUAGCCCCCUGUUGCCCCUCACUGUGAUGCCUGGUCCUGCCCCACCCACUCCUCCUGUCCCUUCCUCAGCCACCAGAAUAAGGACAUAGCUAGGACUAAGGUUUAGAGUUAUUAGACAGAAAACAUUGUACAUAUUGAGAACCUCUCCGCACUAUUUCAAGCCUCACCUGAAAGAUCUCUACUUCUAUCAGCACCUUCUCACUCUGUAACUCCCCUCCCCGAGAAUAGAACAUCGCUAGCGAGUAAGAUACAAAAAUUGUAAAUUAUAUUUAAGUGUUUAGAUAAACUAAAGACAACCAACAAGCACUGAGAGUCAUUGUAAGCUUAGUUUUAAAUUAUUUAAUUUAUUGUUAAAUGCAAAAUCGAAUCAAAUGCAAACAAACUAUUUAUGUAUUAGUUAGAGAGAAGAAAUUAUUAAAUUUUAAGAAAAACAAGAAGAAUAUCGUCAAAGAACAAGAAAUAUACGC